CGGGAAGGGGCGGGAGCGGCCCCGACCGUUGCUAUGGCAACGCGCCGGCAAACGGGCCUCAGGGCCUCCCCUUGCGGGGUUGGCGGCGCCCAGCCGCGGAGGGAGCGGGUCGAGGCCGCAGACCCUUCCAGUUGUCUACUGGGGUCGAGCCGUUGGCACCCCAUUUCCCCUGCGUCUGGUAUUGGGUGGUCCCGGGCCGCCCUGGUACAUCUCCGCUUCUCGCCGCCACCCCUUCCUGGCAACUGAACCCUUUUUAAAGUUUAAAGCCAACUUGCUGUAGGUCUAACAGAACUUGGAAGAAAGAGGGUAUCCAGGUAGGAGGCAAAGGACCAAGGCAGAAGAAAAGGAUUAAAACCCUGAAAACUGGGAGAGAAAAGCUAUAACCUCUUUUUUGUAAAGACCUUGCAAUUUCUUGUAUGGAUGAGGAGCUCUCAUGUGUGAAUAUAAGUCUAAUGCAUCAAAGACAUAAGGACCUCACCAGUUAGAAGUUAUUGUUUUUGCCAUCCUCUUCGGUUUUUUUUUUUUCCUCAAACAGUGGAAAUAUCUUUCUUUCAAGUUGCUUUUGUUGCAGAGUUAAGCAAAUGGCUAAUAGUGGCUUUGGUAAAAUAUCCACAAAAUGUGCCAACUGUUCAUCUACUUCUCAGAAAGAUGUACUUUGUGUAUGUUCCUGCAGACCAAGGCUUUCUCCAGUGGUGGUGGAAAUGUCACAGACAUCAAGCACUGGUAGUUCAGAAUGUACAGUUUCACCAGAGAAAAUAAAAGAAAACCAAAACAGUAAAGAUAGUUUCUCUGGAAAAGAUUCGCCCUCAAGAACCUCAAAGGUAGAGAGGAAAACAUCUCAACAAUGGGGUCGGGACGACUUUAUAGAAGGAAAAGUUCCUCACAUAAGGGUGGAAAAUGGAGCUGCUAUUCAGAAAAUCUAUGCCUUUGGAAGAAUAUUGGGACAAGGGAGCUUUGGAAUGGUCAUCGAAGCUACAAACAAAGAAACAGAAACUAAGUGGGCAAUUAAAAAAGUGAACAAAGACAAGGCUGGAAGCUCUGCUGUGAAGUUACUUGAACGGGAGGUAAACAUCCUAAAAAGUGUGAAACAUGAACACAUCAUACAUUUGGAACAAGUUUUUGAGACACCUAAGAAAAUGUACCUUGUAAUGGAGCUUUGUGAGGAUGGAGAACUCAAAGAAAUUCUGGAUAGGAAAGAGCAUUUCUCAGAGAAUGAGACAAGGUGGAUCAUUCAAAGUCUCGCAUCAGCUAUAGCCUAUCUUCACAAUAAGGAUAUAGUACAUAGAGAUCUAAAACUGGAAAACAUAAUGGUUAAGAGCAGCUUUAUUGAUGCUAACAAUGAAAUGAACUUAAACAUAAAGGUGACUGAUUUUGGCUUAGCAGUGAAGAAGCAAGGUAGGAGUGAAGCCAUGAUGCAGACCACAUGUGGCACUCCUAUCUAUAUGGCCCCUGAAGUCAUCAAUGCCCAUUACUACAGCCAGCAGUGUGACAUUUGGAGCAUAGGUGUCAUAAUGUAUAUUCUAUUAUGUGGAGAACCACCCUUUUUGGCAAACUCAGAAGAGAAGCUUUUUGGGUUAAUAAGAAAGGGAGAACUACAUUUUAACGGUCCAGUCUGGGAUUCCAUAAGUGAUUCUGCUAAAAGUGUUCUGAAACAACUUUUGAAAGUAGAUCCUGCUCACAGAAUCACAGCUAAGGAACUUCUGGAUAAUCAAUGGUUAACAGGAAAUACACUUUCUUCGGCAAGAGCAACUAAUGUGUUAGAAAUGAUGAAAGAAUGGAAAAAUAACCCAGAAAGUGAUGAGGAAAACACAGCAGUUGAAAUGAACUAUGGGCCCAUUCAAGAAAAUGUGAAAGGUCACCAGCCAAGCAGACCCAGUAGAAAUAUCCUCAAUGUCAACAGCACUUCGGAUGAAGAGGAGGAAAUACAGCCCACUGCUUAUGAAAAGAAAUUUCCUGUGACCAGUGAGAAGGAAAAUAUGGACGAUUUGGACAGGAGCUAUUCAGUUUCCACAUCUAGCAGACUCUUUCCAGUUGGACUCAAAGGAGAAAUAGAGAAACCCCCUGUGACUUCAAGCCAAAGGAUAUCAACCAAAGACACUGCUAAAUCCAUUGCCCUGCCUGGAAGCAAAAAGAACCUCUAAGGUUCCCUCCAGUGCUGAAUAGUACAGAAACAAGAGCUGCUCUUUCCAGUGCCAAAAUGAGGGGAUAGGUGGGACAAGGACAGUACUAUGCCAAGCUCAGCCUUUUAGCUCCACUGAGCCCUGCCAUGUCUUUGCACCAGUUUAAAAUUGAUGCUGGUUCUCUACAGAGCAGCAUGAUAUUAAUAGAUGGCCACCAACAGGCUUGAUGGCGAGCUGUGACUAAAGUCAACUCAAGAUGUUUCCAAAGUUGUUUGGAGGAACAGAUGCCCUCAAAGCAAGGCUGUGGGCAUACUUGCUCAGUUUUACUUCAGAUUCUUGUAUUUAGGCACAAAUAUUUGUAGGAGAAAAUGAGAGCCAAGUAUGGUAAUUAUCCAAAUAAUUAUGUGCACUUUGCACUAGAAGACUUUGUUAGGAAAUUACUAGUAAACUUGCCAUAGGCAUAACAGCAGAAGUGCUUCAGCCAUUCUCAUGUGUUCUUAUAAUUUUAGGUUGCUGUAGAUUGUUUAAGGCAACUUAUUUUAAAUGUAGAAAAGCAGGAGAUUUUGUAACUGCUUGCCAUUAACUUGCUGCUAAAUUCCCAGUGGAUUGAUUGAGUCAAUAAAAAGCAGAUGUUACCCAUG